UUCAGUAGUGAUUUCUUUUCGAGGUGCUUGGAAACACGUGGCGCUAGUGUUCUCUCCGUCCUAGUGUGACUGUGAUUGUCAAUCGUGGAUGUGGAAUGUUUUGUGUUGUGAAUAAGUGCUAAAGGAAACUGUUGUAAUAUAAUUUGUCAUGCGGUUACGUGCGUGUAUCGUUAGAUAAGCAACGGUAGUGCUGUGGUAGUGCUGAAACUAUCCAAACAGUGUGGAAUGGUUCCGGUGUGUUGGCGUUGUCUUGUCGAUUUGCGCAGUUGAGGCGAGCUCAGCACGAUGGGGAAGCUGCUGUCGAAAAUCUUUGGCAACAAGGAGAUGAGGAUACUGAUGCUGGGACUCGACGCUGCUGGGAAGACUACUAUUUUAUAUAAAUUAAAAUUAGGUCAGUCAGUCACAACGAUACCUACAGUUGGUUUCAAUGUAGAAACUGUAACGUAUAAGAAUGUCAAAUUCAACGUAUGGGACGUCGGAGGGCAGGACAAAAUACGACCGCUUUGGAGGCAUUAUUAUACAGGCACUCAAGGUCUGAUAUUCGUAGUGGACUGCGCCGACCGGGACCGCAUCGACGAGGCGCGGCAGGAGUUGCACCGGAUCAUCAAUGACCGCGAGAUGCGCGACGCCAUUAUACUCAUCUUCGCCAAUAAGCAGGACUUGCCUGACGCAAUGAAACCACACGAGAUUCAAGAGAAGUUAGGCCUGACGCGCAUACGGGACCGCAACUGGUACGUGCAGCCGUCGUGCGCGACGUCAGGCGACGGGCUGUACGAGGGGCUCACGUGGCUCACGACCAACCACAAGUUAUGAGCUGCGGAGUAGGCGGUGCCAGCCGCCUCCAGCAUGCACGGUGACGAUUUCGAUGCCAUUUAUUAUAAGUAUGCUGCGUCCGUGCUUGCCGGGUCCGCGAUGUGGGAGUAACCAGUGAGCCAUCAGUGUCGGCUGUCGAUGGACUUAGUGAGGUGCACAGACAUUCGCGCAGUGAACCUAAAGACGUUGCAUAGUUAGUCUAACAAGUGAACUAUUGGCUGAAACAACACAACACUACCCCACUCGACCCCACGUGAACGCAUAGUCACUUCACGUGUACAGUGACACGAGACCUUGACCCUAAAGGUGAACGCACACUUAUACGAUCCGAACGAGUCGAAUGAAACAAAUUUUAGAACUGUAUAUGAAAUCUCACGAAACCUCGCACACUUCCCGGCGUCGAAUCGUAAGUGUGAGAGGUUUCAUAUACAGAAUUCUAAAAUUCGUUUCGUUCGACUCGUUCGGCUCGGAUAAGUGUGCGUCAAUCUUAAAUUUCACUUGUACAGUAUGCAAAAAAAGUAAAAAUUAAAAAUGUACUAAAAACACUGUGUAAUCUUUCCUACAGUAUGCAAAUAUUGCAAUAAACGUGUUAAAUACGGACAUAUGUGUUUUAUUUGCAUACUGUCAAAACAAUCACAAAUUUUGGAAGAGAAAAUUUGGAAGAAGAAAUAUUUUUUUUGAUAUAGGCAUCAUCCCAAUUGCCAUAUGGACUUGUCGCGAACUAUACCUAUACUGUGAAGUGAAAGACACUCUGUGUUGUUUUUGGACAAUACCCAACGACACGGUCUCAGUUUCUGGCGUGGCGGGGGCAAGGUGUUUGCAAAUGUGCACACUACUCGUUGAGUGGAAGGUGUGUUGCGUAAUUUGUUUCUAACACUCGUGCCAAUCAAUUGACGAAUCGAAAAUAGCGGUGCUUAUCAUUCCUUCUCACUCGCACAGUAUAGUGUGUAUGUGAGAGAGAAUGAUUAACACUGCCGUUUUCCAUUCGUUUUUGGCAAGGGUUACACCAUAGUAUUGUCACACAAAUAAGAAAUCAAUUAUUCCAUUAUUUAAACGAAAAAAAAAAAAAAUUUAGAGCUUUGUUGUAUCGAAACAUUUGAUUAUUAUUUUUUUAUGUUAUUUACUUACUUAAAUUAAUAAAAAGGAAAUGAUUACAUAGAGUAAAAAUGAUUUUUCUAUUAUUAGUUUAAUGUUUACCUCCAAUUUUUUUGUAGGAUAGUAUGGCAGUACAGAGUUUUAUAAAGAGUGGUAUUUAACAAUUUCCGACCGAUAUAUUUUUUUUAAAGAAUAUUAGCCAUGCUAAGCAUGACUAAACUCCCUUUCCCCUCCAAUUAAGCGUAAAGCUUGUGCCAGGAGUGGGUACGACAAUAGUGCAACGGGUGGGGUUUGAACCGCCGACCUUUCAGAAUUCAGUCCGCUCCUCAACCGUUGAGCUAUCGAGGCUAUAUUCGAAUGUUUCUGUCUGUAUGUGGUUCUCAAGGAAGUGUCUGUUUUCUUAAUAAUGUCUUUAACACACCGGCGCUUUCGCACCUGAGGUACUCUGUAUGCAUUGACGCCACAGCUAAUAAGGCAUUAAUCAAAGUAGGUUAAGGCUAGUUUGAAUACGUUUUCGUACUUUGACUCGUGCACGCAGGAACAAUACCGAACUUCCAAAUACUAUGGGAGCGCGCAAAGUGAGUGUAAGUACGACUAACUCGCCUAACGAAUUAUUUGCGCGAGUCAAAUCAGUUCAAUGUGCGACUAGCUUUAGGCGUGGGAAUACGUCGGUAUGCAAGAGGUAUUAAUUAAUCCCGAUGUCUUACCAUAACAUGAUAUAAACGGACUUAAAAUACAUUUAUCCCUAACCACGCAUAAUAUGUUAAGUUUUUGUGGUAUCUCCUACUUUUGACAUUUUCAUAUUUUUUAAACUUUAAUACAAAAAACUUCUUUUCUCAUCAUAUCUCAAUCUAUCGCUGGCCCACUACUAAACACAGGUCUCCUACCAUAAUGAGAAGUUCAUUGUGCAAGUGGUCAAGUGUGGAUUGGCAAACUUCAAACACCUUUCAGAACAUUUUUGAGAAUUCUCAAGCAUGCAAGUUCCCUCACGAUGUUUUCCUUCAUUAUUGCUAAGUGAUAACUUAAUUGCUUAAAAAGCAUAUUAUGUAACUCUUAAAAAGUUAAAGGUUUAUACCUGGGAUUGAAACUCAGAUCCGCCGAAUAGAAACAUCUUAACCACUAGUCUAUGAGCGCUUUUUUUUAAAUAUUUCUUGUCAAAUACCACUCUUAAUAAGUUAUGAAUAAUCGAUAUGAUUGUGGCGAAUGGAUGGUUCAAUACGAGUAUUUAUAAUAAAGCAAUAACGAAAGCACGCCUGCGUAAAUAUACCUAGUAUAAUAUUGUACAGUAGCUUAUCUGAAUUGGUAUGCAAAUAUACAGUAGAUUUUGACUCGAGACAGACUGAACUUUUGGUGUGUUACAAAUGGUAUAUCGUGCAUACAUUUUGAGAUCACACUCUCCAUUCAUGUCAAAAGUACGAUUUUAGUCCUUAAUUUAUAGGCGAACCGUACUUUUUACAUGACAGUUGACACAUAGCUAAAAUGGCGAAUGAAAUCUGAAAUGUACACACUACUUUCGUUUUUCUUAGAUUGCUCAAAAGGUAAACAAGUAGCGUCUCACUGAAAUGCGUAAGAGGCGCACUAUACGCGGCCCAUACGACCUUUUAACCGCGAACUGACAGUGAAAUCAUGAAACUAGUGAAAAACCUAAUUCCAGUAGGUCCAAAGCGCGGAACAUAAAUCGCUUACGCAUUUCUCCAAGAAGGUUUCUCCAAUUUCUUUAUCUUUUAAGCAAAUUAAGGAAAACUGAAAUAUACUUAUAUCGUAACCGACCGUUGAAAUUAUGCAUGUAAAUCCUAUUAGAGAAUAGCUUUACUUUGAUUUAAAUGAUAGGUACAAAAAGUAUAAUUGGAACUCUCUAGAAAAACCAUAGGUAGCAUUUCCGACAUAGGAUUAGAUUUUUGGACAUAAAUGUUUCAAUUCUUCACUUUGGCACACAUUUGGUCUGCUGAAAGUUAAGGGUGUUUUGUUUCAUCGAAGUUGUUAUGACAAUACGGAUCCUAUAAUCGGUAAUGUACCUACGCCUGGAGGGCUAACACAGAAUUUAUGAUUGUCACAUUGCGACUAUCGCAAUUGUUGUGAUUGGCUGAAUUUAUGUCAUUCUUGUUGCAAAUGUGUAUUCUAGUAUCAAUUCUAGGCUAUAACAAUAAGUGUCGGCCAAUCAGAGUUAAUUGCGAUCGUCCAUUGUAGAUGUUAAACUUGAUGUUAAUCGUACUGAUAUUGGUUACUGUUACAAAAUAUAGUCUCAAAAUUUGUGAGUAUUAAUGAAGGUUUGAAUGUGUUGUAUGUAUGAUUUAAUUUCCAAAACAUUGUAAAUUUUGAUGUUGCUUUGCAAAUAAAAUCAUUACUUCAGUUUUUAUAAGUAUGUUAAAACGCUUGAUUUGCUUUACUUAGCUUUUUGGUGUGAUUUCGAGUAAACUAGAGAUACAUGGGACCACCUGGAUCUAUGGUUUUCAAUAUGAUUUUAAAGGUGAUCGUACAUCUUGUAAGUUUUCAAGUGAAAAGACGUGACGCAAAAAUUAGGUAAUUCUAGGAUUUUAUGGAUCUCUCAUAAAUCUAUAUACUUACAUCUAUAUGGAUAGAGCACCCCUAAUAGCUACAUAUCACUGUCCCACUUUGACAGCAGAGGGAGAGCGAGACAACAAAACACUAGCAAAUUAGAGUGAGAGGUCGGACACCAGUGGUCCGAAGUCUGACUCUAUAGUUGAAGUGGGAUAGCGAUAAGUAGGUAUUAGAAGCACUUGAUCCACCUUUAGUAAUACAUUCGUGGGAUUUCCAUAAAAUUGGAUGUCGAUGUCGUGGUAUGACAUCUGUCACUAGUUGGCUUGAAAAGUUACGUUAGGGCUUCACCACAGAUCCCAAUUUCUUAUAGAAUUUUUUUUUUAUACUUUGAUAUUGUAGAUUUUUCACUGUUCCGACCAUGGACUUGGAGUAGCUACUAGGUACCGCAAGCUGUCUAUCCAGGCGUACCCGAAGUUUGAACCAAGUGCGUUUCUGUUUUCAUUUCACUGUCAAUAGAAUAGAAUAGAAAUAGAAGGUGCAGCAGAGGUCGUCUAUCGGUUGAUGAUAAUGAGGUCCAUCUCUUUCUCAUUGCUCUUUUCAAAUACGAAAAAUCGAUCCUCUCUCUUAUCGAAGUCUUUUGGCUCACUGACGCGAGGCAAUUGUAACUUGUGACGCCUAUGCGAUGACUUAAUGACUCCCAUGAUGUUAUCCUAGCUAGGAAAAAAUAGGCACGGUUACUAUUUAAUGAACAUGCGGCAUCUAGCUACCCAAAGUCCAUGGUUCCGAAUACUUUUUUUUAUUGUUAUUUAAAAAAAUUAUGUAAUGUUGAAUACUUUUUGUGCUUUAUUUAUUUAUUCAAGUAUGUAUUUUGUUUUUGUAUGCUCAAUGGUCAAUGUAAGUGCUGAACGCAAAAAUCGAAUAUAAAAAAGUUGACGAAGAUAAUAUUAUAUUUUAUUUAUGAUACUACACUUUCCACAAAGCAAGUUUCUUUAGUAAAAGCUUUAUUGUUGACUGUGUUACACGACUAAUUUCUUUUAUUUUUGUAAUUUAUUUAUAGAUUAAAUAUAUUAAAACAUAUUAACAUCAAAGUCGUCCAAUUGUAAAAAAAUAUUCUGAAGAAAUUCAGUAUAUGUAUAUUUUGUAUGUUAAGAUAAAUAAAAAAUGUUAUUUUCAAAGUAUUGGAAAAGUGAAUAUACUAUUAUGGCGUAUUAGUUGAGGGCUUCCGUAAAUUACAGACUCAGGGUUCAACUGGCAAACUAGGGCUGCCAAAAUUUCUUUUGACCGAUAAUAAUCUGCAUCGUUGAAUUGCACCCGAUCUUUCUUAGCUUAGUUUGUACUAGUUAUAUAAGUGCAAUGGCUAAACUAUCAUUCGAUCAAAAGUUUGUGGUUUACGAGAGCUCUACAAAAGAAACGUCUCGUCCAGACUGACUGGCGACUAGAUAAUUCAUAGAAAUGAUUUCUGUAUGUUAAACGUUCCUACUAAAGCUACUACACAUUGGACGAACGCGCUCGGCCAGUCCAUUUGGAGUCCUUUAAUAUGUAUAAAAAGGCUACCAACAUGUUCCACAAAGUAGUCAAACCAAACAUGACACUGGCUGCAAGCUAUUAUACAACACAUAAAGUUUGUGGGCACUACCGAAUCAUUGCGUAUAUUUGUUCCAUUGCCUUGCCGGUUUAAACAUUGGCUGGCACUCGCCGAAUGCGUUGACCUUAUGUGUACUGGAGGCAUUACAAUUUACAAGUGGCUGUACAAGUCCCGGGUAGUUCAGUCAGUCUGUGCAGGUCCUAGGAAUUGAGUUCACAAAAAUUAAUUAAAUUAUGUAUUUAGUUAUAUUUGAUUAGGUAUUAUUAAUAAAAGUGCAAUGUUUUGAGCACUGGAGGUAUAAAAAUGUAUGAUUUAUGAUUUUGAAUCGUUUUUCAGUUGUAUCGGCUGGUUGUAAAUUAUAUCGAACGGCGUGUGGUUGAGUUGCAGUCUGCUGUAUAAUAUUUGUAGAAAGUUAUUCAAUAUAAAUUCACACUUAUAA